AUGAAUACAUUCUUCGAUGGGUAUGUACAUUCGAAGACGUCGUUGAAGCAAUUUGUCGAACGGUAUGAGCGAGCACUAUGUAGUAAAGUUGAGAAGGAGUUCCAAGCUGAUUUCAAGUCAUUUUCGCAAACGUUACCGCGUACCACACAAUAUGAAAUGGAACAGCAGUUUCAAUCAGUUUACACUAUUUUUAAAUUCAAGGAGGCUCAGGCUGAGUUUACGGGAAAGGUUUACUACGACCUCAUCUCUACUUCGAAGGGACACUCAAGGAUGAUGUAUGAGGUUCGGAAGGACGUUAUGCGCAACGGGAUAUGGAGGAAGAAAACAUUCUUCUUCUCCUUUGAUAGACAAAAUUGUGACAUUGUUUGCAGCUGUCAUUUGUUCAAGUUUCGGGGGAUAAUUUAUCGGCAUGCUAUUGCAGUACUAAUUCAUUGUGACAUCAUAUUACUUCAUGAGAGGUACAUACUGCAGAGGUGGAAGAAAGACGUUGGUAGAGAACACACUAGGAUCGCAGUGAAUUACGACGAGUUGGUUAGUACUCUUGAGCAGUUGAGGUACGACGACAUGUGUUGUGCUUUUGAAGAAGUGACGGACCUCGCAGCAGAAGAUGAGGGUCGAGUACCUGUGAUUAUGGAAUGGAUAAAACUUCAACGUCAAGAUCUCAUGAUGUCUAAGAAGUCGUGUAUAGGAAGCCAUGCCAUCUCCAAUAAUUCUUUUGAAAUUAUGGACCAAUGCACUGAUUAUCAACAUCAUGAUUUGGAGUUACUGGGAAUCUGA